AUGGCAGACGGCGCAGGCGACCGGGGGUUGAAAGACAAGAUUGCGCAUCCGUUUCCUAGUUUGCGCCAGAAGCUUAAGGAUACGCAUCUGUAUGAGGUGAAAGUCAAGGCGACGCAUGCGAAGCACAAGAUUGGGAAGUUUGCGAACCUGUUGAAUGCGAACCAUCGCCAUGACGAGGAACAUGAGCAGAAGACCGACGAGAAGAGAAGUCGGGUCCGUGAAAACCACCGCUUUGAGAGCUUUGCGCCAGAAAGAGACGGCAAUAUGAUCAAGUGGUAUGUCGACGGCCGAGAUUAUUUCUGGGCUCUUUCCGAGGCUUUGAGUAAUGCCAAGGAGACGAUAUACAUUGAGGACUGGUGGUUGUCUCCGGAACUUUUCCUACGUCGACCUCCUUACUACAACCAGGAGUGGCGUCUCGACUCGCUUUUGAAGAAGAAGGCACAAGAAGGCGUUAAGAUCUUCAUCGUGGUAUACAAGGAAGUAUCUGCAGCACUCACUUGCAACAGCCGACACACCAAGGAUGCCAUCAUGGGCCUAAUUACUGAUGAGGACGCACCCGGCUAUGGCAACAUCAAGCUCAUGAGACACCCGGAUCAUAAUGUCUUUGAGAAUGCCGGCGAUAUGACAUUCUAUUGGGCUCAUCAUGAGAAGUUUGUUGUAAUCGAUUACGCAGUAGCUUUUAUCGGUGGCCUGGACCUCUGCUACGGCCGCUGGGACGAGAAGCAGCAUCCCCUGGCAGAUGUGCAUCCUUCGGGGAUUCAGAACGAGAUCUUCCCCGGACAAGACUUCAACAACAACCGCAUUAUGGACUUCCAAAGCGUGGAGGACUGGAAGUCGAACCAGCUCAGUAAGGCGGAGUAUGGCCGCAUGCCGUGGCACGAUGUGGCGAUGGGCGUCAUUGGACCGUGCGUGUACGACAUCGCGGAACACUUCGUUCUUCGCUGGAACUUCUGCAAGCGAGACAAGUACAAAAGAGACGACCGGUAUCCGUGGCUGACGCUUGAGGGUCGAGAAGGCGAAGAUGAAGAUCUUGUCGGUGUCCAGCGGCCUAAGUUUCCGGUCGGCGGCUAUACACAUCAUCCGUUGAGUCCGCUUAGUGGGAAGAAUCUCGACAAUCGCGGGACUGUGCAUGCGCAGGUAGUACGAAGCAGUGCAGACUGGAGUAGCGGGCUGCUACCUGCUGAACACAGCAUUCAGACCGCAUAUUGUGAUUUGAUCCGCGAAGCGGAGCACUACGUCUACAUUGAGAACCAAUUUUUCAUCACAGCUACAGGCGAGGAGCAGAGCCCUAUCCACAAUCAGAUCGGCCGCGCGAUAGUUGACGCAGUAGUCCGGGCAGGCAAAGAAGGCCGGAAGUUCAGAGUCAUAAUCAUUAUUCCUGCCAUUCCUGGGUUCGCUGGCGAUCUCAGAGAGGACGCGGCUACUGGAACAAGAGCCAUCAUGGAUUACCAGUACAAAUCUAUCUGCAGAGGAGAGCACAGCAUCUUUGGGCAAGUCAAGGCUCAGGGUGUAAACCCUGAAGACCACAUUUAUUUCUUCAAUCUUCGUUCAUACGACCGACUCAACGUCAACGCAACGCUUAAGAAGCAAGAAGAGGAAUCGGGCUUGAAGUAUAAGGAACUACAGGUAGCCGAAAUCGAAGAGCUCGAGGCCCCGCUCGACGACGGUGAAGAAGCACGCAACCGCGCUAGAGAGAAAAGGCGGCAGUUCGUAGGAGAGGAAAAAGAAUCCGUUGGAUUGGGCGACCAAGGCGGGCUCAUCGACCCGGACUCCAUCGCCGAUGACGCCAUGCUCACGGAAAAGAAGCCCAGCACCGAAGAUUGGGAAGGUGAGCCUGAAGCUGAGAAAGAAAACUUUUUUCAAGAAGAACUUUACGUGCAUGCCAAGAUCUGUAUUAUUGACGACGAAUACGUCAUCUGCGGUUCCUCUAAUAUCAACGACCGCUCGCAGCUGGGCUACCACGACAGUGAGCUCUCCAUCGUUAUGAAGGACACAGACCUGGUGGAGAUCACCAUGGAUGGCAAACCCUUCAAGGCUGGCCGCCACGCGCACACCCUCCGCUCUAAUCUCUGGCGCGAACACCUCGGCCUACUACCCCCACAGUCCCUCGACGCCUCCGACGACCCGAACGCCCAGCCGCCAGGCGAGCACUCCCCCAACGACACCCUUCCCGGCGCUGAAGCCGAUUUCGUUGUCGAUCCGCUCGGCAACGACCUAUGGAAAAUGUGGACGGAGCGCGCGUCCACGAACACCGAAGUGUUCCGCGAAUUGUUCCAUGCAGACCCCGAUGAUAGCAUCCUCACUUUUGAGGACUACGAUAAGUUUACGCCGAACCCCAAACAGGAUAAAGAACACAAGCAGGGGCAUCUGUACGAUAUGUCGAGGCCGGUGGAGGAGGUACGGAAAGAGUUGGACAAGGUCAGGGGGGCAUUUGGUGUGGAUGCCAAUGAAGUUUUUGGAGAAUGUGGAGAUGGCGGAGAAGGGGUUGCAGGUUAA